CGUCGAUAUUUUGUGGGAUAGGCAGCGGAACGUCAGGAUUUCUUGCAUGUUCGUUUUUAUUGAAAUGUAAUCAUUGCUUAAUUUCAAUUGUUUGUGUUAGCCAGCGUCACAUGAGUCGGCUUCCGCAAAUACCUUAUUAUUGUUUGACAUGACUUUAGAAGACCCAUUUUACGUCGUCAAAGAUGAGGUGUUUAGAGCUCUGAAUAAGACCCGCGGAUUAUAUAUCCGAUGGCAAGAGAUAUCAAAGGCACCGGUAGCACCAAACAGUCCUGAAGUGGAGUGGACAUCCACAGAACUAAGGAACGCCCUUCGGAGCAUUGAAUGGGACUUAGAAGACUUGGAAGAUACAAUAAGCAUAGUUGAAAAGAAUUCAUCAAAAUUUAAGAUCGAUAAUAAAGAAAUCUGCGACAGAAGGACGUUCAUAGAAGCAACUAAACAAGAAGUAAAGGUAAUGAAAGGCAAGAUGAGCCUAAACAGGAAUCGGGACAGCGAUGGUACUGCCAGGGAGCCACUUCUCGGCGAGGAGAGCCCCAUGCACUUCGGUAACUCCUGGACAGCGACCCCCAAGUAUUCCAAAUAUUCCAAGCUCGCUAAUCAGACGGACAGUCCGAGCCGUUUCGACACUUAUGACGGCGACAUUAUGUCAAUGCAAGAAAAGAUGUUCAUGGGUCAAAAUGAUCAGUUGCAUGUGAUAAGCAAUUCGGUAGGAUCGCUGAAGACCGUUUCCAAGCAGAUUGGCAUCGAGCUGGACGAACAGGCCGUGAUGCUGGACGACCUCAAUACGGAGAUGGAGAACGCUGAUUCGAAACUCGAUUCAACUCUUAAAAAGGUCGCCCGAGUCCUUCACAUGAACAAUGAUAAACGUCAAUGGAUGGCAAUUGGAAUACUCCUCGGUCUUCUCGUUAUUAUAUUGAUUCUCUUUGUUAUACUUUAAACUGUAUGGAGUCGAAGUUUAUUGUUGGGCCUUGAUUUUGUUUUUCGUUUCUAUUUAAAAAAAACGUUGUAUUUUAUUAAGAGCUCUUGAAUCGUUUUAAUUGUUAUGAAGACGAAGGGUGACGUUUGAAGGGUUACGAUGGAACGUGUUUGACGUAUUCAUGAUAAUAAAUGUUAGUUCUAAAGUGCCCUAAUCGGAAUAUAUUUAACCAGCAAUUUACAUAAUUAGUCACAAGUAGCCCCACAAGGCUGAAGGCAAGGAUCAUUCGUUCUUUACUAACAAGGUAAGUUAACAAUACCUCAAGUCCACAAUCGUAACCCUAGACCCGCUGAUGAAAAACAAUUCUAAAGUAGUAACAAGAAGUUAUUUUAAUACUAGUAGGAAGAUUAUAUUGUACUGUAGUUAGGUUAGAUGACGUAGAUUACAAUAAUUAUGUCGCUUGAUAUUUUUACAGCAACUUUUAUAUGAGUUUCAUAUCACACGAAAUAAAUUACGUAAUAGGCAAUACUGCUCCGUUAGUAUUUAAAAUCAUGAUUAAUCAUUACUAUAUUCAAAUAAAUUAAUUAAUUUAUUAAUUGCAAAAUAUUUGUAUUCGAAAUAAAAAAAAUUGUCGAAUAAUUUCCUGUCGGUGUGGUUUAAUAAAUUAUUUAUUCGCGCGUCGUACUUAUUGUCUCCUUGUAUUAGACUAAAUCGUUAAAAGAAAAUCUUUACUCGUCUAAACGAGAACGAUGAAAAUCUAGACACUUAUUUAAUCAUCAAUUAUUGUGGUUUGCAUUUUGUGUGCACUUGGAAAUUCGUUAUACCACGACGAUAAUUAAAUUUGAGGUUUUUCCACGAUUGACGCCACUUACCGUUACUAGUCGCCGUAAGUGAAGUCAUAUGUCGUCGACUGUAAUGUGUGACAUAGUCAUAUUGUACAAUUAGUAUUUAAUCUAGUUUUCAUUCGCGAUUUAAAUAAUAUGAGCAUGGGCGUAGCGAGAAUGUGGCCUUUAACACAAGACUCAUUGCAAAAGAAGUAGUGCCUAAAGUUGAACAUCGUUAAUCGUAAAUUAAUUGAAACCGAAAUAAACUUAAAUCUAACUUAAGUAUCUAAUUUUAAAAUCAUCGCUAUGUUGUUUGCUACUAUCGCUAACUUUGUGCCUUCGCACUCUUGUGUAUUUCUCAGACAAAUUGGUACGCCCAUGUGUAUAAGCGUGUUUAUAUCAUUAUGGGUAUUUCUUUUUAAAUGUAUCAUUGUGAUAAAGCUUACUGUUUAGGUCGUGACUUUAUUCGUCGACCGGGUGUUCUAUCGUUAAUGUACGCGUAACCUUAUAGUUGUACGAUUGUUGAUAUUAAUAAUUGUGUUGUUAGCUUGUGGUUAUUUUGUGUAUAUUAUUUAAUGUGUUAGUCAAUCGUAAUAGGGUCGAGAAUAUCAGAUUAGUUCGUUAGGUUCCUUCAUGGUAGAAUCCUGUAAUAAACAUUUAUACAUAAUAUAUUUACUAUAUCGUUUGUUGGUGCACUUUACACACGCAGAGAUGACUAAAUCUGACGUUGCUCUUCCAUUAAAACGGCUGUCAAUUUCUACGUUUACGACUUUUCGCUUUUCUUUAGAAAGUCACCAACAAUUAAAAAUAUAUUUUUAUGUUGACGACUUAACUUGUAUAACAGAAAAGUUGUCCUUUGAUAGAGACGCAGCUUAUGACGCUUACUUAGUUGCCUAUGCAACUAUAGAAAUCGAUUGAGUACAUGGUAUUUGUUUUUUUUUUUUUAAAUAAUUUAUUAAAAUUAUUGUGACCAUAAAACCGUCUAGCCGUAAUAAUGAAUUGCCAAAGUUUCAAAUACAGUCUAGGCGAUAAAGUAUUUAAUGUCUUUUUGUAUUGUAAAAAAAAAAAACAUUUUUGUAAACACAAUAAUACUGCUUCCUUCUUAGUGCUCAUGACUAUAUUUUCUUGUUCGUUAUAAGGACAUUUUUAUUAAAAUAAUUAUAAUAAUUUAUAUAUGUAAUAUGAUUUAAAUCAUUUAGGAUCGUAUUGUUAACGGGAUUGGGAAUUUAUUAAAGUCGCCUUAUUUUAAAACCGAAAGAAUGAUGGCAUCAAUUAGAAACCAGCUUUGUAAGUUAUUGUAAAUUAUUUUCAUAAAGAGCUAAAUAUGUAUCGGAUGUAGAAAAGUAAAUAACAUUAUUCAAAAGACUCUGUGAGUGAAACAAUUGAUUUUCAGGAAACGAACGAUGUCUCUUUACAAUUGAUUUUUUUUUUUUGAGAAUCAGAAUGUUUUUGUUAAUUAUAAAAUUAAAAUUUUGUUAAAACUGUCACGCCCAUUAACAUUAUAUUCCUAAAUUGAUGGACAUGAAUUCCAAAUAAAUUAUUUAUAUUAAUUAUUUUAAGUGUAAAUGUUAAGACCAAUAGAUGGAUGUGAUGUAUAUUUAUUUGUGCGUUUCUAUUUGGAAAAUAAAA